AUGACCUCCACACCACCGACAACAACCGACAAGAAGGAUCAGACCCCGAUUCACCCUCUGCACCUCACCGCCUUCGACUCCCUGCCUGACAAGCGACGAGUGUGGACCGGGACUCCAGGAUCACGGGAGGAAGGACUGGGCCGGCUGGUGCUGUUGACGCCGGAAGUGGUCGCCUCUGCAGCAGCUUCCUGCAUCCGCAGUGGCCGGCGCGUGACGGUUGGCUGGGAAUUGACCAAGCUAGAGAUUGCCAACUUUGGCCGGAUGCCCUGCAGGCACCAGAUCGUGCCCAUCCUCAACGGCGCAGCCUUUGACGACAUCUACACUUUCAACCCGCAGCAAAGCAGCCAAUGGGACGGGUUGCGCCAUUACUCACAGCCUUGCCCAACCGAAGAGGAGCCUGGUCGCCGGCUCUUCUACGGCGGGACCACCAAGGAAGAAAUCACGCAACCGGGCGGUGACCGAAUUGGGCUACAGCACUGGGCGAAGGAGGGUAUCUGCGGUCGCGGCAUCCUCCUCGACUACGUCUCGUACGCGGAGCGCCGGGGGGUCGAAUAUUCGACGUUCAGCGAGCAUGCGAUCCCGCUGAGCGUGCUGCUCGAGAUGGCGGCCGAGGCGAACCUGACGUUUCGGCGAGGCGACAUCCUCUUCGUCCGCAUCGGCGUCACCAAAGAAUGGGACACCAAGAUGACCGCUGACGACAAGGAUGCCUACGCAACCAGCCGGAAUCCCCUGCACGCCGGCAUCGAGGGCACCGAGGAGGUGCUCCGCUGGAUCUGGGACAGUGGCUUCGCCGCCGUGGCCAGCGACGCCAUCUCGUUCGAGGUCUACCCGCCGAAACAGUCGCAUCCGCGACCCGACGGCCGGCAUGUCCCCGGCCUGAUGAUGCACGAGUAUCUCCUGGCCGGCUGGGGCAUGCCGGUGGGCGAGCUGUUUGACCUGGAGGACUUGGCGGAGCUGUGCCGGCGCGAGAACCGGUGGGAAUUCUUUGUUGCUAGCACUCCGUUCAACAUGCCUGGCGGAGUCAGCAGUCCACCGAACUGCAUUGCCAUAUUUUGA